GUACAAAUCAAACGAAGAGUAUGUGUAUGUGCGAGGCCGUGGAAGAGGGAAGUAUGUAUGUGAGGAGUGUGGAAUUCGCUGCAAGAAACCCAGCAUGCUGAAGAAACACAUUCGCACGCACACAGACGUCAGGCCAUACGUCUGCAAGUACUGUAACUUUGCUUUUAAAACCAAAGGGAAUCUGACUAAACAUAUGAAGUCAAAGGCCCACAGCAAAAAAUGUCAGGAGAUGGGCGUGUUGGUAUCUUCACUGGUGGAUCUGGAAGCCGAAGAAGGAACCAGUGAAGACCUAUUCCAGGACUCUGAGGGGCGGGAGGGAUCUGAGCCAAUUGAGGAACACCAGUUUUCAGACCUAGAGGAAUCUGACGAUGAUGAUGACAAUGAAGAUGAGGAUGAUGAGGAGGAAGAGGAGAGUCAAGAUGAGCCACCUUUAAAGUUGCCGGAAGGCCAACAUACCACCCUCCCGAUGCACUCUUCAGGUGGCUCUCCAUCUUCUCAAGAGGAAGGCACUGAAAUAGCAUUGUCCUUAGCCCAAGAAACUGUUUCCAGCAGCCAAAAAGUAGGUGAAGGCCAGCAGGCCUCUUCCUCAGGGCUGGAAACAAAGUGGUCAGCAGACAGCAGUGACAUUGCUGUGUGCCACAGCUUCUUGAGUCUCCACAGACCAGCUUUGACCUCCACCGAACAAUUGGCUUCUGCUGAAAGAGAGUCUGUCACAAGGCCACAGAUGUCCUUAGUUAUGGACCUGUCAACCUCAAAAGACACCUCCCCAAGAAAAAGGUGGUCUCCGAGCCAGGACUCUGGCAGAGGUGGUGGCAGCAGCAGACCAAUGCUAGCGAGAAAGCACCUGUUAACCAAAAAUGAAACUUCACCGAAACGGUUUUCACCAACUGGAGAACUGUCUUCUCUAAGGUGCCUGUCUCCAGGGAGAGGGUUGUCUCCUUGUCAGCGCGUCUCUCCCCGGAGGGAGGCAUCUCCACUGAGAUGUGUGUCACCAAGACUUGAGCUGUCGCCCAGCAGGCAUCUUUCCCCCAGAAGAGAGCUGUCCCCAAGAACAUACCUUCCACCAGAAGGAGAAGUCUCCCCUGUGAGGCACUCGUCGCCGAGCAGAGAGAUGUCAUCAGUCAGAUAUUUAUCGCUGAAGAAAGUCUGGUCUCCAGGCUGUUCAGAGUCGCCUAGGUAUCCAUCCCCCGGGAAAGAGGACUUGCCUGGUACUAGCAAAUCAGCAGCAGAUGACAAAGUUCAAAGCUCAUAUCAAGCCCAGCAUGGGAUAUUAUCUUCAAUGCCUCUACCUCACAGGUUCUUUGGCAAAAACGUACAGCUCUAUGAGUCCAAGCUGAAGAUAGAACCACGAAGCCCAACAUGUUCACCUGGCAUCAGGCAGCCCGUCUGCUCCAGACCCUUGCAAGCACCUCAUGAAAUACAUGUCCACGCUCCCAGCCGAGGGGAGGAGAAUGUCUUCAGCCAUCUCCCGUUGCAUUCGCAGCAGCUCACGAGGACCCCGUAUCCUAUGAUUCCCAUUGGGGGCAUCCAGAUGGUCCAGGCAAGGCCAAGCACCCAUCCCAGCUUGGUGCCCAGCUCAGUCGUGUCCCUGCAAGCAGGAUACUUUGCCUCUGGCGGCAGCAGCUUCGCCGAGUUCAGCCGGGCUCCCGAGAGGGACGAGGAACCGCAGGUCCCGCGGGAGCCGUCAUCAGCAUCCGUCUCCCCGGUUGCAAAGGUUUCUAAAUACACACUGUCCCCAGAGCUUACGAGCAGCGGUUACUUAGAAGAGAAAAUGAGGACUAGUGAGCUUCAGCAAAAGACAGACCAGGAGGAAUACAGGGUAAAAAUGUUCGCUGAGUCCAGCCACGCGGAGCAGGCAGGCUGCUCGGCAUCCCCAGCCAGCCCCAGCACAACUGACGAGCACUCUCCAAAGCCUUCGACAAGUGGGGAAGAACCCUUGAUAAAACCGGGCAAGAAGCAAUCUGGCAGCUCGAGCACUUCUUUUAAAUCAUCCUGCACUUUCAUCUCAGAUCUCCCCUCCCAGCCGUUGGACCGAAGCAGCAGCACCGGCUGCCUCUCAGAGCCCUCAUCCAGCCAUUCGCACGUCCAGCCGUUCUCCGUCCGGAGGAGAAACCUCUCCGGAGAGCCCAGUCGCCAAGGGGGAACCUCCAGGAAGAGCAGUCCACACCUAGAGCACGCAGAUUUAGGUCAAACUCAAAACAAGGUGGAUGAAAACACGGGAAGUACUUAA